AUGAUAAAAAGAUGGCUAGAAGAGCUCCUUGAUGAUGCAAAGGCAACGAGGCCAAUGAUGGAGCGGGCACUACACCUGCCCAUAACACAAAUGUCUUCCUCUGAUAAGUACAGUAAGCUCAUCCAAAGUCUGAAAGAGUUCAACCUUGUCGUGGCCGACGACUCGGUGUCCCCUCCACAGCCACAACAAACUCCUAAUCGGCGCGACAUUGGCAGACCAAGCGAAAACGCCACCUCAUUCAGCACCAUCGCGGUGAAGUCUCGGGUGAAGCUGUUCAUAGGCGGUCUACAAAAAGGCCACACGGAGGGACAAUUGAGGCAGCACUUUGCCCAAUACGGUACUGUCACUGAGUGCAGCAUUGCGAGGGACUACAAUACGGACGAAUCAAAGGGAUUUGGCUUUGUCGCCUUCAGUGAGGUGGAACACGCCUCUCGUGCGUUGGCUGCCAGCCCCUACCAACUCAACGAUAGCCUCGUAAACGGAGACGAGAGUGGGGAGAAGAAAGACGAAGACUGUAAAACCAGCAAGAGAAGAAGGGUUAAUGAGACGCGCCUAUUUGUUCGUUACCCAAAUCUCUCCACCUCGCAACAGACAAUGAAGGAAUACUUUUCUCAAUUCGGCAACGUAAAACAUGUCAUUCUAGUGCUAGAUAAGAAGACCAAGAUGCCACAAGGCACAGCCUUUGUGGACAUGGCCACAUCUCAGGAGGUGGAAACUGUUCUCGAGGCGCGCCCCCAUCAACUGAAUGGAGAGAGUAUUGUCGUGAAACAGACACGUUCGCGACAGAGGAAAGCAAAGGUCUCCAGUGCCGUCAAACCUGUUCAUCAAUUGGUUGUUGAUGGCAUUCCGUCUCCAACAGCUAAGAAACGCAUUAGAAAAGUCUUCAGCGAAUUCGGUCAAGUAGCAAUGGUUAAAUUGGAGAAGCAGAUGCACCGGGCCGUUGUAACUUUC